ACCAGAUCAUUGCAGGUGAAUUCGAGUUCGAAGCGAAAUCACGUGUAGGCACCUGCAGACACUUGUCGACGAUACGGUUUCGCUUUUGAGGAGGUGUUGAGGUUGCAAGGAGAAGGAGAGAGGAUAUUUUGAAACGUCAUCUCAGCUUGUUUUAGCUCGUCCCUGAUCAGUCAUCAAACGUCAGAACCAGAACCAUCUCAAAGCCAUUCUAGGGGCUUGCAACCGCAGAGUCAUGUUUAUCCUAACCAGCAUUGCGGACCUUGUCCAGAUCCACCCAGAAGACUUCAACAAAGAAGCAAGCCAAGCAAUAGAAGACAACAUCAACGCCAAAUACGCCAACAAAGUCAUCCAGAAGAUUGGCCUUUGUAUCUGCCUCUACGACCUGCUCUCCGCAUCCGAAGGGCUUAUUGGACAUGGGACUGGACUUGUUAAUGUAAACGUUGAAUUCCGACUCAUAGUCUUCCGACCUUUCAAGCAUGAAGUAAUGCUCGGCCGAAUCAGCAGCGCCACAGAACACGGUAUUCGAGUCCGCACCCAGUUCUUCGACCAGAUCUUCAUCCCAUCCAGCAACUUGCCUGAAGGCUCAGAAUUUCUCCCAACAGAGCAAGUCUUCGUCUGGAACCUCGCCGACGGCCAAAGACUCUACUACGACAACCAAGAAACAGUGCGCUUCCGCAUCGAAGAAGAGAUCUGGACGGACCAAUCACCGAUGGGUCCCAAGGAGCGAGAAGACGCAGCGGGGACCGUGAUGAGAGCUAGUGCGGGAAGUCCGUAUGUGGUGAAGGGCAGCAUGGCGGAUGCGGGGCUGGGGCCUUGUUUGUGGUGGGAUGGGGAUGAGGAGUAGGUGUGCAGUAUGACAGGAGCAGAGGGGAGGAAAGAGGAAGGGGAAGGAUGGGAAGGAGAGGGAGUGGGAGUGCAUUACUGGAG